UUUGGUGAAGGUCUUUGGUUGCCGCCGCUGGCAGGGGGAGCUCUGAACUUGAAACAAUUGCAUAGUUCAUCACUGGGUGAGUGACGAGGGUUUGGUUUCGCGGACGUGCGUCGCUUGUAGAGUGUCGAGAGGUGUAGAAGCCAAUCUUGAUGAACCAUUGCAGGUUUGGGAUUUCUUCCAACCUGGUCGUGUUGCGGCGUAUCAUACAGCCUUGGAGGACUUGGACUUGGAGUGCCGGGGUGCACCGUUGCUGUUCUGGAGUUGCGGUGAACGGAUAGUGGUACUGCAGCCAUGACGGCUGCUCAAGGAGUGCUGCCGCAGCAGCACAAUCAGCAUAAUGAUCAGCAGCAGCGACUUCAGGACUUCUCGGAGGAGGAAGUUAUGAUCGUUGCCCGCGCCUGGGUAUUGAAGGCGCUCAAAUCCGGAUCCGACGGUGUGGACAAAGGUCAUUACAAUCACCUCUGCGAAGCCCUGCGUGACCCUCGGCUCCAUGGCGACGAGGGUGCUCCGGAGUUGGCUGUUAGAAUUAACGCGCUCUCUCAGUGUGUGUCGUACUUAAAUGAACGUGCUCACAGGACGCUUUUGCAGUACUUGCUUGGUAUGAGCGUCUGGACUUACAGCUUUGAAGUGGUGGACGCUCUUCUGGCCUUUGUGGUUAAUUUGUCGACCGCCAAUGGGUGCUUUGUGCCCGAUUGUCUCGACAUGUUGGUGCGCAACUUUUUGCCGCCUUCUUGCGGACUUCCGUCGUUCUUUGAUUCAUUCAGCCGAACUGGGCUGAUGAUGGGGCUUACCACCAUGGAUAAGCUGAAGUCUCAAGGUCUGGAACACCUCACUAAAAAGGAUAAGGUUUUAGAACGUCUCCACUCUGCCCUUGUUCAAACUGUGGAGCUUGUUCCCACUGCGGCCUUUCGAUUGCAGCACAUUGUGGUUCAAAGGAUGCCCCACAGGACUUGUGACAAGCAGUGGUUAACUCUGUAUGUAGAAAACAUGCUGAGAUUGGAGAAUAGCUCUUUGAGCAGUGUACUCGGAGGACAGAUGCUUUCGCUCAUUGUCGACCGUCUUAUUGAGAUUGACGUGGAGAUCAGGUGGGAAGACAUUAUGAGAGAUGAAGACAGCAAUAAAGUAUUUAUGUUCCACAUGAACCUUGAUGAUGACGAAGAUUUGUUUGGAGGGCACGACGUCGACGACGGGUUCGCCGUAGUCGAUUCUACUGGGCCCGGAUGCGAAGCCAAACAACAGCAUCAGACAUCUGAUAGUCGGUCAGAUCUGACUGGAGCAUUGCCCACCUUGGAUGAAAUGGCCGAUAAGAUGGACCUGAUCAUGGAUAUGACCCUUGACCAUCUUCACACGUGUGUCCAAAAUGGUCACGGGGACUUGGUUUUUGAGACGCUGAUGAGAUCUUUCCAGACGACUAUUCUUGACACUUACAAGUCCAAGUUCACUCAGUUUUUGAUUUUCUACUUAUGUUCUCUUGCACCUGAAACCUGUGGGAGCACGUUUGCAUCCCUCCUCUGUGACAUCUUCGAAUGUAAAACGCGCCCUCCUAAUACCCGAAUGUCUGCGGCCGCAUAUCUUGCCAGCUAUCUCGCCCGAGCAGCUUAUCUUCCUCUGAAUGUUGUGAUGGAUUCAGUGAGGAGAUUGUUGCAUUGGUGCGUGUCAUAUGCGCAGCUGGCUGAAGACAGAAGAAAUCCUACUAUGACAAGUGUUGACCCAGUUUUGCAUGGAGUAUUUUAUUGUGCCUGCCAAGCUGUUAUGUAUGUUCUUUGCUUCAGAUUGAAGGAUUUGACGGAAGACCAAAGACUUAAACGACUCCUUCGGAACCUGCCUCUUCAGGAGUUGGUUGAGCACCACUUGAAGCCUCUAACGAUUUGCUUGCCAUCCGUGGUUGACGAGUUUGUGAAGCAGGCUAGCAUUGCGCAACUCGUGGACUGCAGGCAAUGGUCGAACAUUAGGGAUGCUGCCGCUUCGCAGGCUUGUGGAUCCUUUGGUGGUGAAGGAAGACUUGACAUGUUUUUUCCAUUUGAUCCUUACCUACUCAGGCAAUCAGAUAGGUUCAUUCGACCUCAUUUCAUUCACUGGGCAAUGGUCGAGCUCCCAGAGUUGUACGAGGAGUUUUCAGAAGAGGAUGAUGACUUCGUGAACCAGACUUUUUCUGAACCAACUUCCUCAUGGGAAGAUGAUUCGUUGGUUGACAUGCAUGACGUGGCCAUUGCUUCCUCAAUCAUGGAAUCUACUGACCAUGGUUUCAUGUUCGAGGAUGAUGGUGGCAACGAUGAGUUCAGGGAUAGACAUGGAACGUCGGACGUUGUCACCACUAGAGGGUUCAAUGUUGACAGCUUCCGGAGCGGAAAUGGCAGUUUUCAUGGUGCAGGAUUGGUCGAGUCAUUUCUUGAACAAAUGUCUUUCACUCCACCCAGAGAGAUGACCAGAGUGCCCGCCAGACUUCCGGCUGUGCUUCACCCAUCUUUGUUUACAUGAAGUAGAUGUCCUGAUGCUGCCUUGUAUGAUAAACAGUGUCAUGUUGAGAGUUAAUUAUCGUCGUUCUGAUUUAUUUAGUUAGGGGUGCGCAAAACGUACGAUAUUUUUGUACUUAGCUGUCUUUAUCAAGGCUUGCAGUAGCACUCCAGUCAAAGCUGUAGGGGAUUUUAACUGCUCGCCUUGGUUUCGUCAAUUGAGUUGUCUCAUUUAGUUUGUCCCCCACUGUGUCUCGUACUAGAUCAUGAUGGCAGCUAUCACUUACGUUUUUUUCAUAUAAUCCGAGUGUGCGACUAUCAGUAACCGCAUGUGUUGAUUAUGUCGAUUGUUUUGGAAUAUUUAAUUUAUGGGGAAAGGUCUAGAUCCAAAAACGGGUGUACACACACCAAGAUCUUUAAUGGUUUACGAUCUCGAGGUUCGUAUUUCUCAUGUAACUCUCAUCUAUUAUUAACCAUUCCGGCGGGGCCCAGCUAUUUCUCGAUGCUUCGUAAA